AUGUCCUACUACUUCACCAUCCUCUCACCAACCGACACCCCGAUAUUCAACAUCGCCUUCGGUACCUCCAAAGGCGGCGGCGACGGCAUAGCCCGCUUCCGCUUCCCCGACACAGCCCAAUACAUGAACCAAUUCAUCAUCCACUCCAGCCUCGACAUCCUCGAAGAAGCGCAGUGGACAAACGGCGGAAUGUGCGCUCCCCCUCCCUUUCCCCUUCCCCCUUCUCCCCUCCCCUCCCCUCCCCGCCCCACACUCACUCUCGCAGCCUACAUAAGCGCCUUCCUAACACCCAGCGGCACACGAUUCCUCCUCCUCCACCAACCGCCGCAAUUACCCACGAGCGGUAGUUCCAGCACCCUCGGCGCGUCAUCGCUCCUGGCGUCUGGAACGACGCGCUCGUCCAGCAGCGUCGCGGCGAAUCCAACGUCUGCGCAGACAGAGGAGGCGGUGCGCCAGUUUAUGAAUGAGGUUUAUGAGAGCUUUGUUAAGACGGCUAUGUCGCCGUUUUAUAGGCAGGGGAUGGAAAUUCGGAGUCCGGUAUUUAGGGGCAAGAUUACGGCGGCGGGGAAGAAGUGGUUGUGA